UGAGAUAAAGCCUCCCCAGUGCCACGGGCCUCACGCUCGCUGUCUCAGGCUGCCUUGGACACACUGACCCCAGGCUGCAGUAGCAGCAGUGUGGGGCUGGGGAGGCCAGCCCUGGCCUCUGCUCACCUGCCACAGCAUUGGCUCCCCAAAGCCUCACAGCCCCCAAAGGUGACCUGGGGGUCGCCAUGCUGCUCCCUGCCCUCCUCUCUGGGACGGCAUGGGCACUGGCUAAUGGGCAGUGGUGUAAGCGGACAGAGACCAUCCUGGUGGAGGAGGAAGUAACCCCCCGUCAGGAGGACCUGGUGCCCUGCACCAGCCCCCAUCAUUACCAGCGCCGGGGGUGGCGGCUGGACUUGACCUGGAGUGGCCAUGCGAGGCCGUGUCCCAUCUACAAGCCCCCGGAAACCAGGCCUGCUGCAUGGAACCAGACGGUGAGGGCUUGCUGCCCAGGCUGGGGGGGCACCCACUGCACCCUGGCCCUUGCCGAAGCCAGCCUUGAGGGCCACUGCUUUGCCACAUGGCUGUGCCAGCCGAGGGCAGGCUCAGCUAACGCUUCUGUGGGAAGCCUGGAGGCGUGCGGUGCCUGGUCUUGGGGACACAGCUGGCGGGGUGGCUGCUCCCAGCCCUGCCACAGCUGGUCCAGCCACAAACUCCCAGCCCAGGAUGUGUGCCAUCAGCUGCUGGACGGUCCAUGCAGGGAAUGCCAUGCCCAGGUGCCCCCUGCUGAGUACCACGAGGCCUGCCCCUUUGCCUACUCUGCUGCGGCCCCGGCGGGCAGUGGGCGGGAGGAGCGGCUGGAGGCCGCGUGCCCCACCUUGGCCAGCUACGCCCAGGACUGCGCGCGGCGCAUCCACGUGCGCUGGAGGAAGCCCGGCUUCUGCGAGCGCCUGUGCCUGGGGGGCCGGCUGUGCUCAGACUGCGCCUCGGCCUGCCCGCCCAGCUGCUCGGCAGUGGGCGAGGGGGGCGAGGGGUCCUGCGGGGAAGGGUGCGUGAGCGGCUGCGAGUGCCCGCCCGGCCUCUUCUGGGACGGCGCCGUCUGUGUGCCUUCCGCCCGCUGGCCCUGCUACCACCGACGCCGGCGCUACGACCCCGGUGACACCGUGCGCCGGCUGCGCAGCCCGCGCGUUGGCCAGGACGGCCGCUGGCUCUGCGCGCAGGCGUGCCCCGCCGAGGGCGCGGUGGGCGGGGACGGGCAUUACCUCACCUUCGAUGGGCGGAGCUUCUCUUUCCGGGGCCGCGCGGGUCGCCGCUUCAGCCUGGUGCAGGACUUCGUAAAGAGGCAGCUACUGACUGUACUGGAGCACGGGGAGUGCAACGCUGGGAGCUGCCUCCACGCCACCUCGGUCUCCCUGGGGGACACCCACGUCCAGCUCAGGGACUCAGGAGCAGUACUGGUGGACGGGCAGGAUGUGGUCUUGCCCUGGCGCGGCACUGGGGGCCUCAGCGUCUCCCGCGCCUCUCCCACUUUCCUGCUGCUGCGCUGGCCUGGGGCCCGCGUCCUCUGGGGAGCGUCUGACCCUGCAGCCUACAUCACCCUGGACCCCCGCCAUGCCCUCCAGGUGGCCUGGAACCAGCAGGAUGACUUCCUGACUCCUGCUGGUGACGUGGAGACCAGCAUUGCCGCCUUUGCUAGCAAGUUCCAAGUGGCAGGCGAGGGAAGGUGCCCCUCGGAGGACAGCGCCCCACUUUCCCGCUGCAGCACCCACACUCAGCGUCACAUUUUCGUGGGGGCAGCCUGUGCCAUCUUGCAUGGCCCAGUCUUCCAGGAGUGCCACGGGCUGGUGGGCAGGGAGCCGUUCCACCUGCGCUGCUUGGCAGCUGCGUGUGGCUGCACCCCCGGCGGGGACUGCCUGUGCCCCAUGCUCGCUGCCUAUGCUCGGUGCUGUGCCCAGGAGGGUGCCCUGCUUUCCUGGAGAGACCAGACCCUCUGCCCUGUCCUGUGUCCUGGUGGCCAGGAGUACCAGGAGUGUGCCCCAGUGUGCGGUCGGAAUUGUGGGGAGACUGAAGGCUGUGGGGAGCUGGGCAGCUGUGUGGCCGGUUGUAAUUGCCCCCUGGGGCUGCUUUGACCUGAGGGCCAGUGUGUGCCCGCCGGCUCAUGCCCCUGCCAGCUUGGGGCCCAUCGCUAUGCCCCUGGUAGUGCUACCAUGAAGGACUGCAACCGCUGCCUGUGCCAGAUCCAGGGCCUAUGGAAUUGCACUGCUCAACGCUGCGCCCCACCGUGGGCAUUCUGCCCCCGUGGGCUCGUCUACGUCCCUGGUGCCUGCCUCCUCACCUGUGACAGCCCCAGUGCCAACGGCUCCUGCCCCCCAGGCAGUAUGGGGGGCUGUGUCUGUCCCCCAGGAACUGUGCUGCUGGAUGAGGGCUGCAUACCUCCCGAACUCUGUCCCUGGCGUCACGGUGGGCAGUGGUACCCGCCCAACGCUGCAAUCCAGGAGGACUACAACAUUUGGGUGUGCCAGGGUCGGCAGUGGCGCUGCACGGGCCAGUGGUGCGAUGGACGGUGCCAGGCAUCAGGUGCCCCCCAUGUGAUAUUUGAUGGGCUGGCCCUCACCUUCCCCGGGGCCUGCGAGUAUCUGCUGGUGCGAGAGGCCAGCGGCCGUUUCACAGUCUCUGCCCAGGACCUGCCCUGCGGGGCCAGCGGCCUCACCUGCACCACGCUGACCGUGCGGCUGCAGAGCACCGUUGUGCACAUGCUGAGAGGCCAGGCAGUGACAGUGAAUGGAGUGAGUGUAAUGACCCCCAAGGUCUACACAGGCUCUGGGCUGAGCCUGCGCCGUGCAGGCCUCUUCCUGCUUCUCACCACCUGCCUGGGCCUCACGCUGCUCUGGGAUGGAGGCACCCGGGUCCUGGUGCAGCUGUCCCCCGAGCUCCGCGGCAGGGUGGCUGGGCUGUGUGGAGACUUUGAUGGAGACGCUAGCAAUGACCUUCGGAGCCGCCAGGGAGUCCUGCUGGAGCCCAUGGCUGAACUGGCCACCCACUCCUGGUGCCUCAGUCCUCUCUGCCCAGAGCCAGGAGACCUGCCGCCCCCCUGCGCCGUGAACGCCCACCGGGCCGGCUGGGCCCGCGCCCGCUGCGGGGUGAUGCUGCAGCCGCUCUUCGCCCGGUCCCCAGAGCAGCACUGCGAGUGGUGUGUGCAUGACACCCGCGGAUGUGAUUCAGGGGGCGACUGUGAGUGUCUCUGCCCGGCCAUCGCCACCUACGCAGACGAGUGUUCCCGGCCCGGGACCCACAUGCGCUGGCGCAGCCAGGAGCUCUGCCCUCUGCAGUGUGAAGGGGGCCAGGGGUAUGAGGCCUGUGGCCCAUGCGCCCCCCCCCCCACCUGCCAUGACCACGGUCCUGAGCCUGGGUGGCACUGCCAGGCCGUUGCCCGUGUGGAGGGCUGCUUCUGUCCUGAGCUGCACUGCGUGUAGGGUCAGAUCUGCCUCGAGCCAGCUCCCUGCCCCUGCGAGUGGCGAGGCAGCUUCUUCCCCCCGGGCACCGUACUGCAGAGAGACUGUGGCAACUGCACGUGCCAGGAAAGUCAGUGGCUUUGUGGGGAUGAUGGUAGCCGCGGUGAGGGGCCGGUGCCUGGCGGUGCGGAGGGAGAGGCCCCAUGCCAGGAGAGUGGGCACUGUGUGCCCCACGGGUGGCUUUGUGACUACCAGGAUGACCGUGGCGAUGGCUCAGACGAGGAGGGCUGUGCCACCCCAGGCCGUGGGCAGGGGCAGAUGUCUUGCAGCUCUGGCCACUGCCUGCCCCUGGCCCUGAUCUGUGAUGGGCAGGGCGACUGUGGAGACGGGACGGAUGAGCAGGGCUGCCCGUGCCCCCAGGACUCACUGGCCUGCGCUGACGGGCGCUGCCUGCCCCCGCUGCUCUGCGAUGGGCACCCUGACUUUCUGGACGCUGCUGACGAGGAGUCCUGUCGGGGGCAAGUGAACUGCACCCCUGGGGAGGUGUCGUGCGUCGAUGGUGCCUGCGUGGGGACCAUCCACCUGUGUGACGGAAUCUGGGACUGCCCAGAUGGAGCCGACGAGGGGCCUGGGCGCUGCCCGCUCCCCUCUCUGCCCACUCCCCCGGCUGGUACCUUGCCUGGCCCCUCCGCUGUCUCCAGGGAGACUGCACCUACACCCCAGGCGAGCGUCACGCCGCCCUGCGGCCCCGUCGACUUCGCGAGCGGCGGCAGCGGCGAGGGCGCCCCGCGGGGCUGGCGCUGCGACGGCGAGGAGGACUGCGCCGACGGCGGCGACGACAGCGGCUGCGACCGGCCCUGCGCGCCGCACCUCCCGCCCUGCGCCCGCGGCCCGCUCUGUGUGGCCCCCGCGCCGCUGUGCGACGGCUCGGACGGGGACCCCGGCGCCUGCGGUGAGAGGCUGCCAGUCCCAGGAGGCCCCAACAGGACAGGGCUUCCCUGCCCAGGAUACUCCUACCCGGAUGGCCUCUGCCUCAGCUUCCAGCUGGUGUGCGAUGGGCAGCCUGACUGUGAAUUGGCGGGGGAGGCAGGGCCCUCCUGGGAAGAGCAGCGCUGUGAGGCCUGGGGCCCCUGGAGCCCAUGGGCGCCGUGCAGCCAGACGCGUGGGCCCGGGGUGCGGGGCUGCAGUCGCCGCUGCUCGCCGCCCAGUCUCCCGGUGCUGCGGCACUGCCCGGGCCCCGAGUACCAGACUCAGGCCUGCUUCACAGCCGCCUGCCCGAGGGACGGUGAAUGGACCUCCUGGUGUCCCUGGUCCCCGUGCUCUGAGCCAUGCAGGGGCACCAGGACCCGGCAGCAGCAGCGCCACCCACCCCGGAAGGGCGGCCACACCUGUGCCAUGCUGCCUGGGGACGCUCCCAGCACCCGCCAGACCAGACCCUGCCCUCAGGACGGCUGCCCCAGUGUCACCUGCUCCGGGGAGCUGGUGUUCCAUCCCUGUGCCCCUUGCCCUUUGACCUGUGAUGACGUCUCUGGUCAGGCCGAGUGCCCCCCUGACCGGCCCUGCAGCAGCCCAGGCUGCUGGCGCCCUACAGGGCAGGUGCUGGGUGACGAGGGGCGGUGUGUGUGGCCACGGCAGUGCCCCUGCCUGGUGGACGGCACCCGCUACUGGUGCAUCGAGGCCGACUGCCGGCUCUGCAUCUGCCAAGAUGGACGGCCCCAGCGCUGCCGGCCCAACCCAGACUGUGCCGUGAACUGUGGCUGGUCAUCCUGGUCCCCCUGGGCCGAGUGCCUGGGCCCCUGUGGGAGCCGGAGCAUUCAGUGGUCCUUCCAGAGCGCCAACAGUGCCCGCCUCGCUGGCCGAGGUCGUCAGUGCCGGGGCAUCCACCGCAAGGCCCGCAGGUGCCAGAAGAGGCCCCGUGAGGGCUGUGAGCAGCGCCGGGUCCGCCGAGUGGGGGAUCGCUGGCAAGAGGGCCCCUGCGGGGUCUGCGAGUGUCUGCACGACAGCACGUCACGCUGCUCCCCCUGCUGCCCGCUGGGCAGCUGCCCCCAGGACUGGGUUCUGGUGGAGGGAGUGGGAGAGUCAUGUUGCCACUGUGUCCUGCCCAGAGAGAACCACACGGUCUGCCACAUGGCCCCUCCAGCCCCAAGCCCCCAGAUCGGGGCCCCUCUGAUCACCCACGUUCUGCCUCCCCCUGGAGAUCCCUGCUGUUCUCCCCUGGGCCUGGCCCGACUCCCCGAGGGGAGCCUGCAUGCUUCGGCCCAGCAGCUGGAGCGCCGCACCUGGGCUGCCAUCCUAAGGCCUCCCAUGGGGGCACCUGGGCAGCAGGGCUGGAGCCCCGUAGAGGAUGCUUAUGCUCAGUGGCACACCCAGCCCCCCUACUUGCAGCUGGACCUGCUAUGGCCCCGGAACCUCAGUGGCAUCAUGGUGCAGGGGGCUGGGUCCUCAGACUUGCUUCAGUUCAGCAAUGGUGGUCUACACUGGCACAACUAUCGUGACAUCCUGCCUGGUAUUCAGCCGUGCCCACAGCUUUUUCCUGGGAACCGGGAUGACGUGGCUCCCGCAGUGUGGACGUUUGGCCGGAUGGUGCAGGCGCGGUACAUCCGGGUGUGGCCCCUCGAUGUGUACCUCGGUGCCGCCCCCCACGGGGAGGCCAACCAUGGCAUCCCCCUGCCGGCGGAGCUGCUGGGCUGUGAGCCAGCGCCCCCGUGCCCGGGGGUUGGGCACUGCUGUGCCAGUGGCGAGUGUGCCCUGAGGGGGGCCCCGCGCGCUGGUGUGGAAGGCUGCGAGGCCGGCUCCGAUGAGGAGGGCUGUCUGCCCCCACCCGCAGGCACUGGCAGGCUCCCGUCCACAGCCUGGACCCCGGCCCUCUCCUCCACCCAGCCUGGGCAGCUGUCCCCCCCCAAGCCCAGGGAGGGGCUGGCAGAGGCAGGGGCUGAACGCUGGCGUCCCCAGCAGGGAUCACCCGUGCCCCGCACAGGCAAGGGGCCAGUGAGUCUUGCGUCCACAUCUCACCCAAGCCUUGGGGAAACUGUGCAGACCGAGACCACUACCUCUACCUCCCACCUGAGGCCAGAAAUGGCAGCCGUGACGGUGCUCCCGCCACACCCGAUGACGCCUGUGGCUCCUGCUGGACAGAGCAUUGCCCCGGGGCCCUUCCCGCCCGUGCGGUGCAGCCCAGGCCAGGCGCCCUGUGAGCUGCUGGGCUGUGUGAAGCAGGAGCAGCUGUGUGAUGCGGAAGAGGACUGUCUGGACGGCUCCGAUGAGAGGUCCUGUGCUGAGCCUUGGGCAGCGAGCACUGUGCCCUUCCCGGUGCCCACCACGGCCCUGCCUGGGCUGCCGGCUUCGAGAGGUCUCUGCUCGCAGAGUCAGCUGAGCUGCGGCAGCGGGGAGUGUCUGCCAGCCGAGCGGCCCUGUGACCUGCAGCCCGACUGCCAGGACGGCUCGGACGAGGACGGCUGUGUGGACUGUGGGCUGGCGCCCUGGUCUGGCUGGAGCAGCUGCAGCCGGAGCUGUGGCCUGGGCCUCGCCUUUCAGCGCCGGGAGCUGCUGCGGCCUCCCCUGCCUGGGGCAGCUGCCUGCCCAGUGGCCGGGGCGUGGGCCGUGUGGGACGCCUGGGGGCCCUGCAGCGUCUCUGGUGGGGGAGGCCAUCAGAGUCGCUGGAGGAGCUGUGUGGACCCCCCGCCCGAGGAUGGUGGUGCCCCCUGCCCCGGGGCCUCCCAAGAGAGGGCACCCUGCGGCUUGCAGCCCUGCAUGGGUGGCACAGGUCCCCCGAGCCGCCCCGCCAUGCAGGGCCCCGUGCAGUGUCCUGCCCUUUUCCCUGCAGAGGCGCUGGGCUGGACACCCUGGGGUCCCCAGUCCACCUGCUCCCGGAGCUCCCUUGUCCCUGGAGGGGGCCCAGGCUGGCGCAGCCGUUCCUGGCUCUGCCCCAACCCCGGGGACACGUCCUGCCCAGGAGAGGCCACCCAGGAGGAGCCCUGCAGCCCCGCUGUGUGCCCAGGUGUGGCCCCCUCUGUCCCUGCCGGCGGCUGGGGUCUGUGGGCUGCCUGGUCCACCUGCUCAGCGCCCUGCGAUGGAGGCGUCCAGACACGCGGGCACAGCUGCUCUGCCUCAGCUCCUGGGGACCCCGGGUGCCAGGGACCCCACAGCCAGACCAGGGGCUGCAAUACGCAGCCCUGCACAGCCCAGUGCCCAGGCGACACGGUGUUCCGCUCAGCUGAGCAGUGCCACCAGGAGGGGGGCCCACGCCCUCGGCUGUGCCUGGCGCAGGGCCCUGGGGUGGAGUGCACCAGCGUCUGCACCCCUGGCUGCGCCUGUCCCCUUGCCCUCUUCCUGCACGACGCCAGCUGCCUGCCCCUGAGUCAGUGCCCCUGCCAGCUGCGCGGGCAGCUCUAUGCACCUGGAGCAGUGGCACGGCUGGACUCCUGCAAUAACUGCACCUGUAUCUCUGGUGUGAUGUUGUGCACCUCGGAGCCCUGCCCAGUCGCCUGUGGCUGGAGCCCCUGGACCCCGUGGAGUCUCUGCAGCCACAGCUGCAACGUGGGUGUUCGGCGGCGCUUCCGGGCAGGCACUGCGCCCCCGGCUGCCUUCGGGGGGACUGCGUGCCAGGGUCCCAACAUGGAGGCUGAACUCUGCAGCCUGCGGCCAUGUGGAUUUCCCGGUGGGGAGUGGGGCCCCUGGUCUCCGUGCUCCGUGCCCUGCGGGGGUGGCUACCGGAAUUGCACCCAAGGGAGUGGCGGGCCCAGCCCCGUGGACUUCUCCACCUGUAGCCUGCAGCCCUGUGCAGGGCCAGUGCCUGGUGCGUCCCCGGGGAAGCAGUGGCUGGACUGUGCACAGGGCCCUGCCUCCUGUGCAGAGCUCAGUGCCCCGAGAGGGACUGACCAGCCCUGCCCUGGCUGCUGGUGCCCUUCUGGUGAGCAUUCCCUGCCUGACCUCCUUGGGAACAACGUGUGUGUGCCUACCCAGGACUGCCCCUCCGCCCACGGGGGACACCUCCACCCCCCAGGCCGUGCUGUGAUUCGUCCAUGUGAGAACUGCUCCUGUGACUCUGGGCUCAUCACCAACUGCACCUCCUGGCCUUGUGAGGAGGGUCAGCCCACGUGGUCACCCUGGACCCCAUGGAGCGAGUGCUCGGCCUCCUGUGGCCCUGCCCGACGCCACCGGCACCGCUUCUGCACCAGGCCCCCGGGCGUUACACCAUCCAGCUUGGCACUGCUGCCCCCACUGGCUUCAGCCCCACCCCUUUGCCCAGGCCCUGAGGCAGAGGAGGAGCCCUGCCUCCUGCUGGGGUGUGACCGUGUCCCGUGGAGCCCAGAUCCAAGCCCUCGCCACUCCUGUGUGGGCGGCCUCCGGAGCCGGACCCCACCCCGGGGCCUGGGGGAUUACUGCGAGGGGCCUCCGGCCCAGGGGACCGCCUGCCAGGCUCUGCCAUGCCCAGUGACCAACUGCACCGCCAUCCAAGGGGCCGAGUACAGCCCCUGUGGCCCUCCCUGUCCUCGCUCCUGUGACGACCUCGUGCCCUGCGUUUGGCACUGCCAGCCAGGCGGUUACUGCCCGCCGGGCCAGGUGCUGAGUGCGGACGGCGCUGUCUGCGUGCAGCCCAGCCGCUGCAGCUGCCUGGACCUGCUGACCCGGGAGCGGCACCGUCCCGGCGCUCAACUGGCGAGGCCCGAUGGCUGCAACUACUGCGCCUGCUCGGAGGGCAGGCUGACCUACGACCUGCCUUGCCCAGUGCCUGGAGUCUGGUGCCCGUGGUCGGAGAGGACAGCGUGCUCCCAGCCCUGCCAGGGCCAGAUGAGGACCCUCUCCAGGGCCUGCACCUGCCCGGCUCCUCAGCAUGGAGGGGUCCCAUGCCCCGGGGAGGCGGGGGAGGCAGGGGCCCAGCAUCAGAGGGAGACCUGCGCCAGCCCCCCUGAGUGCCCAGUGGAUGGAGCCUGGGGCCCGUGGUGACCAUGGUCUCCCUGUGACAUUUGCCUGGGGCAGUCCCAUUGGAGCCGAGCAUGUAGCUGGCCCCCCACUUCUGAGGGAGGCUGGUCCUGCCCUGGGGGCCACAGGCAGAGUCGCCCCUGCCAGGACAAUUCUACUCAAUGCACAGACUGUGCAGGUGGCUAGGGUCUUCUCCCUUGUGGGCGGCCCUGCCCCCACUCCUGCCAGGACCUGCCCCCCGGGGUCGUGUGCCAGCCAGGCUCGACAGGCUGCCAGCCCAGCUGUGGGUGCCCCCGCCAGCUGUCCCAGCACGGCCUUUGUGUGUCCCCAGCCCAAUGCCGCUGCCAGUACCAGCCCGGAGCCAUGGGGAUCCCUGAGAACCAGAGCCGGUCCGCAGGGUCUGGGCUCAGCUCCUGGGAGAGCCUGGAGCCCGGGGAGGUGGCGACUGGACCAGUGAACAACUGCACCUGUGUGGCGGGUAUCCUGCAGUGCUGGGAGGUGCCCGACUGCCCCGGGCCCAGGCUGCGGGGCUCCUGGGGUCCCUGGAAGGAUGGCAGUGUUUUGUGUGGAGGAGGGGAGCAGCUGUGCUCCCGGCGCUGCGCCCGGCCGCCCUGCCCCAGGCCCGCCGUCCGGAGCCGCAUCUGCUGCACCCAGGUCUGCAGAGAGGCAGGCUGCCCGGCCGGGCGUCUGUACCAGGAGUGCCAGCCCGGCGAGGGCUGCCCCUUCUCCUGCCCCCACAUCACUCGGCAGGUGGGCUGCUUCUCCGCUGGCUUCGAGGAGGGGGCUGGCUUUGAGGAGGGCUGUCACUGCCCUGAGGGCACCUUCCUGCACCGUUUGGCCUGUGUCCAGGAGUGCUCGUGUGUGCUGACUGCGUCACUGCUGCAGGAGCUGGGAGCUGCCGGCGCUGCCCCGGGGGCUCACCUGUCCAUUCUGGGAGAGGGGGGUCAGCCCCUUGGGCCUGGAGAUGAGUUGGGCUCAGGUCAGGCCCUCCAUACAGGCUGCAGCAACUGCUCCUGUGCGCACGGGAAGCUGUCCUGCUCCGUGGGUGACUGCUCCAAGGCUGGGGUUGGCUUCGGUCCCCGGGGCCCAUGGGGCCCUUUCCGCUCCUGUGGCGGGCUGGGCACCCGCACCUGCAACUGCCACUGUGCACGCCCCACACCCACUCCCCGUGGCCAGGACUGCCGUGGGCCCCGCCAGGACCUCGAGUACUGCCUCAGCCCGGACUGCCCAGGGGCUGCAGGGUCCACGGUGGAACCAGUGACAGGCCUUCCAGGUAUCCCAGACUCCUCGGGCCCUGACCCCGGAUUCCCUGCACCACCCGCUCUGGGAAGAGCAAGGCCCGGGUCUCCUCCCUCCCCAGCCCUGCUCCUAGGAGGCCAGGAGCCCAGGGCUGCCUCAUCAGGAGACCCCUCUCCCCCUCGAAGGCGGCUGGGGUCUGUGGUCCCCGUGGUCCCCCUGCUCCAGCAGCUGCACAGACCCCGCUCACCCUGCUUGGGGCAGCCGCACCCGCCUCUGCCUGGCGAACGGCACCGGGGGGCCUCUUCCCAGGAGCGCCCCUGCAACCUGCCCUCCUGCACAGAGUGCCCCCCCGGAGAAAUGUGGCAGCAGGUGGCCCCCGGGGAGCUGGGGCCCUGUGAGCAGACGUGCCGGGAGCCCAACGCCACAGAGACUCAGGGCAACUGCAGUGCGGGGCAGGCCCCAGGCUGUGUGUGCCGGCGCGGGCACUUCCGCAGCCAGGAGGGCCCCUGCGUGCCUGCAGACCACUGCGAGUGCUGGCACCACGGGCGUCCCCACCCGCCCGGAUCCGAGUGGCAGGAGGCCUGUGAGAGCUGCCGCUGCAUCAGUAGGAGGAGCGCCUGCACCCAGCACUGCCCCCGGCUCACCUGUGCCCAGGGCGAGGUGGCCGUGCAGGAGCCAGGGAGCUGCUGUCCCACUUGCCGCCAGGAGACUCCGGAGGAGCAGCCCUCCUGCUGGUACCUCACCGAGCUUCACAGCCUCACCAAGGGCCCCUGCUACCUGGACCAGGUGGAAGUGAGCUACUGCGGUGGGCACUGCCCGUCCCGCACCAACGUCCUGCCCGAGGAGCCGUACCUGUAAAGGCAGCGCGCAUGCUGUAGCUACCGCCUGGACCCCGAGAACCCGGUGCGGAUCUAGAACCUGCGCUGUCCCGGCGGCCACACAGAGCCGGUGGUGCUGCCGGUCAUCCGCAGCUGCCAGGGCAGCGCCUGCCUGGGCCAGAGGUUCCUGGAGCUGCCAGAUCCUGAGUCUUUUGAGGAUUUAGCAAUAAAUCAGAUACAUUUUCCUAAGUGAAGAUUUACCACGUUGAAGAUUUUGCAAAAGAAGUGCUGUUGGUUGUUGCUGACGCACUGGCUGAG